AUGGCCCAGCUUCGGCAGACCUUCCGGCCCCCGCCCGCCUGCCUGCCCUCGGGCAUGCUUGGCCAGAACCUUGUGGCCGCCCGCCUGUCCCUCCCAGGCAGCCUCGGCCAGACCUUCCCCCCGGUGCCUGCCUGCCUACCACGGUGCCAUGCUUGGCAGGACCUUUGUGGCCCUCCGGCCCGCCUGCCCGUGACCAGGCCACCUCGGGCGACAUUCCGCCCGCCCGCCUGGCCUCACCCGGCAUGCUUGGCAGACCAUUGGUGGCCCCCGCCCGCCCUGCCCGUAACCAGGCCUGGCUCGGUCAGUACCUUCCGGCCCGCCCGCCUGCCUGCAACCGGGCCAUGCUUGGGCAGACCUUGUGGCACGCCCGCCUGCCCGUACCAGGCCUUGCUCGGCAGACAUUCAGGACCGGCCCGCCCGCCUGCCUCACCCGGGAUGUUUUGGGCAGACCUUGUGGCCCGGCCCGGCCUCCCGUACCACCUGCUCCGGCAGACCUUCCGCCCGCCCGCCUGCCUGCAACCGGCAUGUUGGCAGGACCUUGUGGCCCGCCCGCCUCCGCGUACCCAGGCCUGCUCGGCAGAACCUUCCUUCCCGCCCCCCCCUGCCUGUGCCAGGGCCUGUCGGCAGACCUUGUUGGGCCCGCCCGCCUGCCCGUACAGGCCUGCUCGGCAGACCUUCGGCCCGCCCGCCUGA